GGGACAAGAGGAGAGGUAGCAAGAGAGAGAGAGAGAGGGAGGACUGGAGGAAGAGGAGGAGUAGAGGAUCCCUCGGUUCAGGACCCCGUCACCCCUAUGGGUUGCGUCCUGAGCUCGGACUGGUGUGGGGAGGGAGAGGUGCUGCCUGUGCCGGUGGUCCAAAGCUCAUCCCUGAAGAGAAGGAGUCUGGAGAGGAGAGAGAGCGGCAGGAUGAGGCUCACCAAGGCGGGGAAGGGAGAGCCCCAUGCCUUCAAGGAAAAGACUUUCAAGAAGAAGCGGCAGUGCAGCGUGUGCCGGCAAAACAUCGACAACCUGGGCUCCUUCUGCAGAAUUUGCAAAACUUCCACCCACAGGAAGUGCGAAGCCAAGGUGACCUCUGCGUGCAUCCCCGCUCCCUCCAAUGAUCUGCAGCGCAGAGGGACCGCUCCUUCUCGACACAUCCAACACCUGGGAUCCACCAAGUCUUUGACCUACACCAAGCAGAGGAACACGUUGCCAAGGAGCUUCAGCGUGGACCGCGUGAUGGAGCGAGUGAUGGAGCGCCACUACGACUUCGACCUGACCUACAUCACCGAGAGGAUCAUCUCCGUCUUCUUCCCCCCGAAGCUGGAGGAGCAGCGCUACCGGGUCAACCUGAAGGAGGUGGCCGCCAUGCUCAAGUCCAAGCACCAGGACAAGUUUCUGCUCCUGAAUCUCUCUGAGCGGCGCCACGAUAUCUCCCGGCUCAACCCGAAGGUCCACGACUUCGGCUGGCCCGACCUCCACGCCCCGCCGCUGGAUAAGAUCUGCGCCAUAUGCAAGGCCAUGGAGACCUGGCUGACCUCGGACCCGCAGCACGUGGUGGUCCUGCACUGCAAGGGCAAUAAAGGCAAAACAGGCGUGAUUAUUGCAGCGUACAUGCACUACAGCAAGAUCUCUGCAGGGGCGGACCAGGCUCUCAGUACUCUGGCCAUGAGGAAGUUCUGUGAAGAUAAGGUGUCCUCUUCCCUGCAGCCGUCCCAGAACAGGUAUAUCUAUUACUUCGGGGGCCUUCUGUCCGGGGCCAUCAAGAUGAACAGCAGCCCUCUCUUCCUCCACCAGGUUCUCAUCCCGUCACUCCCUAACUUCCAGGGAGAAGGAGGUUACUUCCCCUUCGUGAAGAUCUACCAGUCCAUGCAGCUGGUCUACACUUCAGGCAUCUAUGACCUUCAAGGAACCGGCGGCAGACGCCUGAGCGUGACCAUCGAGCCGGCCCUGCUGCUGAAGGGAGACAUCAUGGUCAAGUGCUACCACAGACGGGCUCAGACGGCAGACAGGGACACCGUGUUCAGACUGCAGUUCCACACCUGCACCAUCCACGGGUCCCAGCUGUGGUUCGGCAAAGGCGAGCUGGACGAGGCCUGCACCGACGAGCGUUUUCCAUCUGAUGCCACCGUGGAGUUCGUCUUCUCCUCCGGACCCGAGAAGAUCAAAGGCCGUGAAUACCAGAAGAACGACCCAGCGGUGACCGUGGACUACAACACGGCGGAUCCAGUGGUCCGCUGGGAUUCCUACGAGAACUUUAACCAGCGCUACCAGGACAGCCUGGAAGACAUCGCCCACACCAGGGGGCCUCUGGACGGGAGUCUCUACGCUCAGAUCAAGAAGCGCCGGGGUCCCAGUUCCGGUUCCUUCACCUCCACCAACGGCAGCAGCCCGGGGGGGGGCCUGGCCGAAGACCGGCCCGACCACCUGUACCCUCAGGGCUCUGACUCCGCCCUCUCCGCCCACUCCCUCCAUUUGACCCCGUCGUCCAUCCACCACGACCGCCAGGAAGAGCCCGUCCGUCCCCCGCCCCCCACCCGGCAGGAGAGGGAGGAACUGGAGCGCCUCCUCGGGGGAAUCGAGGGGAACCCGGACGGAGAGCGGGAGACCGCCAUUCUGGACGACGGGGACUCUCUCCCGUCGGAGCGGACCGGGACGCUGAGGCUGAGUCGGUCCUGCUCCUGCCGGGACGGCUACCGGUCCCAGCGCUGCGCCGAGCCGGGCUGCGACCGCACCCUCCUGAUGCCCAACGGCUACUGCCUGGACCGCGCCCCCGGCACCAACGGCCACCACGGGGCGGCGCCGGCGGCCAACCCCAGCCCCGCCGCCCCUCCGUCGCACAUGGAUCUCUGCCAGCACUACAGCCCCCACCCCCACCAGUCGCUGCCUCCCCCGGACCUGGUGUGGGACCGGCAGAGCGGCCCCCCGCACUACCUGCACCGGUCCUGCUCCGAGACGCCGCCGUCCCGGCACGUCUGUCCGUACCCGUCGCCCGACAUCGCCCCUCACCCCCACGGCCACCCGCUGCACCACCCGCUGUCCGCCCCGGGCCGCCUCUGCUGCCGAGACGACGACUACCCGCCGUACCACCACCCGCACGGCCACCACCACCCCCACCCGCACCACGCCAAGCCCGCCGCCAGCCCCACCUACCACGACAUCAUGGUGAUGGACGGCCUCCCGCCGCCGGCCUGUCCCUGCAGGGACUGCAGCCUGCGGAGGGAGGACUCCGCCCCCUACCACAGCCUGAGGCUGGAUCGCGUCGACAGCUACCACUGGGACCGGGAGGCGGAGCUUCAGCAGAGAGAGGCGGGGCUCCGGAGGGCCAGGGAGGCGGAGCUGCACUGGGAGCGGGACCCGGGUCCGAGGCGGGGCCGGGAGCUGUCCCUGCACUGGGAGCGGGACAGGGAGGCCGAGCUGCAGUGGGAGCGAGACAGAGAGGCGGAGUAUUGGCACAGGAGAGCCACGGUGGCGUCCUACGGCCCUCCGGACCACGGCCUUCCGGCUUUCACCUUUGACCCCUUGCCGUCGGGUCACCCGGCUUACCCGGAGGCCUCCAGGUCGCACGCCCACUCCCACCUGGACCUGAAGUACAGCAGCAGCAGCAGCGGCUACCAGACGCCGCGCCAGGUCUGCCCCUGCUCGCCCUACCAGCCCUCGCCGUCCGAGAGCCGGGGCUACGCCUCGGGCUACCAGUCCGAGUCCACGUCCCCCCUGCCCCCAGCGUCCUCCAUGACGGGGCCCUGUAGCCACGGCAACGGCCACCACCACCACCAUCCAGACUCCCAGCAGUCGUACAGCUCUGACUCACACACCGACGGCCUCCGCAGCUCCGGCGAGAGCGUGGGCUGGAGGGAUCACAUUACCCAGGGUUCCUUCAAGAGGCCCCACAGAGACGCUCACGCCGCAUGCUCCACGCCGUCCGACAUGUCCGGACCGCCCACCCCCGUGCACACCAGCAGCCCCCUGCGCACACAGGAGAGCCCCGGCCCAGGAGGAAGGGAAUACGACAUCCGGACGACAGACAUCAUCGACUGUGACGGCGAGACGUGUCCUCCUCAGGACGGACACCCCCCUGAGGGUAAGAGCCUCCAGGAGCCUGUGGAGAGCCCGGGCAGCAGGACUGAGCCGCCGGCUGCCAAAGACGCCGCCGUCCCGCCGGAGGCCCCCCACCUCUGCGCCGCGCCGACACCCGCUUCCCCCAGCACUCCCCGGCAGCAUCACUGUAGCCCAGAUGCCCCCGCCGAGAGGCACUGCCAGGCUCCGCCUCCUCCCGCCGCCCUGGAUCCGCCCCCCCAGCCUCACUCCCCCGCCGCCAGUCCUUCAGACGCCCCCGCCGCGCCUCAGCCGGAACCGCACCCUCAAGGACCGGCUUUGCCGCAGGUCAACGGAGCUCCACCCAGCAGAGACCCCCACCUGGACGAACCCAAACCCAGCGGCGCCUCUACCUCCGAACCCCCGCCAUCGUCCCCGCAGCCUGCGGCCAGCAGCACGGACGGCUCCCCCCUCUCGGAAACCCCGGUUCCCGGCUUCGCCACCCUGGGCAGGAGGCUGAUGCUGGGCGGGGCGGAACCCCACCACCCCAACCACCCGCUGCAGCACGGACCCCCGCUCCACUACCAGCCCGCCGGCGAGCACGGGGGGGCCCCGGACCUCAGCAGGAGGCACUGCUACCCCGCCCACGCUCCGCAGCUGCACUCCGGCCCCCACUCAAACUACUCCACCAUCUCCAUCCCGCUGCCCCACCCUCAGCCGCCGCUGCCCGAGAAGCGGCACCCGCCCAACCACUUGGGUUCCCCCGGGGACGGGGCGAGGCCCGCCCCGCAGCCCGCCGGCACCGUCCAGCACCAGCACCACGUCACGUUCUCCCCCACCGUGGGGGAAAUAGCACCACCCGGUGGCCAGAGCGAUGAAGCGUCGUCUCUGGAGGCAGAAACUGCCACCAGGGUCAGCGUCAAGUUCGUCCAGGACAGCUCCAGGUUCUGGUACAAGCCCGGCAUCUCCAGGGAGCAAGCCAUCGCAGCUCUGAAGGAGCGAGAUCCGGGAGCCUUCCUGAUCAGAGACAGCAACUCCUUCCAGGGCGCCUACGGCCUGGCCCUGAAAGUGGCCACGCCUCCUCCUAACGUCAACAACCACAGCAGCAAAGUGAGCGACCCUCUGGAGCAGCUGGUCCGGCACUUCCUCAUAGAGACCGGCCCCCGAGGAGUCAAGAUUAAAGGGUGUCAGAAUGAGCCUUACUUCGGGAGCCUCUCUGCGCUGGUCUACCAGCACUCCAUCACCCCCAUCUCUCUGCCCUGCGCUCUGAGAAUCCCAGAGAAAGAUCUCAUCGGGGAGGUGCAUGAGGUGCAGCCGGUCAGUAACAUCAGCACAGCUGCAGACCUCCUGAAGCAAGGGGCAGCCUGUAACGUCCUCUACCUGAAUUCGGUGGAGACCGAGUCCUUAACCGGUCCACAGGCCAUCGCCAAGGCCACGGACGCCACGUUGGGCCGCAGCCCUCGACCGUCCGCCACCGUGGUCCAGUUCAAGGUGACGUCGCAGGGCAUCACCCUGACCGACAGCCAGCGCAGGGUCUUCUUCAGGCGACACUACCCCGUCAACAGCGUGACCUUCAGCAGCAUCGAUCCAAAGGACAGGAGGUGGACUAACUCAGACAACACCGCUGUUAAGGUUUUCGGUUUUGUGGCCAAGAAACCCGGCAGCGUGGCGGAGAACGUGUGCCACCUGUUUGCUGAGUUGGACCCCGAGCAGCCCGCCAUCGCCAUCGUCAAUUUCAUCAACAAGGUGAUGCUGUCCCAGCGCCGGUAGACGGAGGGGAAGAGGGUCGCUGCCUCGCCCGGAUCACACCCGCCUGUCAGGACUCCUCGGUUCUGACUUCAUCUUGGAACUUUUUGUCACAUGUGAAGUCUUCCUUUUCCACCUUUUCCAGCUUUUCCAGCGUUACAACUCCUCCAGAAGACGAGGAGGCUUCAGAGGAAGGCUAGCAAGCACGAACCAGGGGCCGCUGCCGUUUAGAGCUCAGAUCUAACCAGGAAACGACUCACUGAGCAGCGUCUCCUCCGAUGAGUUACUGAUGAAGAAACAGAAAGCAGCCGCCUAUGGUGGCCUGUGUGGUUGACAGAUAAUCCAAGUGGACCUCCAGGUGCCUGGAACGGGCUGCUAUUACUGUAUUUUUCAGACUGAGUCACGUUAUUUUUUAGUUGUUUAACUGGUCAUACAGUGUUAAUAUCAAAAAACACCGGUACAUACCAUCUGGAACCACUAGAUGUCACUGUAUGCCAGCAGAACGCUGCUACCGUACCACAGACAGACCUCCAGUAUUACUGGAUUCGACUGACAGAGUAAGACUAAUGUCUGCAAAAAGAAAACCGUCUACGGCAGGAAGCGUUCAACAAAGGCUCAUCAUGGGCUACAAGCUGAGGAACAAAGUCACAGACGGUCCUGUAAGAAACGGACCAUUUACAUCUGGACCCGGGAAAUAAACGAGACCUAUACAUGUUUUCAUUUUUCUCUUCCUGACACAUUAUUAUGGACUUUAUAGUCUGGAAAAUACAGUAAUCUCUGUAACUUCCGGGUUUUGAGUCACUCAUAUUGAAUGGAUCUCCGUUCUUAUGGAGCACAAAAGCAAAAUGUUGCAAAUUUAGUCACAAACAGUAAGAAUAACCUGUGAGAAUCAGAUUUUAUACAGACUCAUUGCAUGUUUGUUCGUUCCAAGCUUUCCUGGAACACCAGUAGCAGCGGCUAUGGUUUUAGCGUGCUAACGCUAAACGAUACCAAAACUUGGCAGAAACUCCAGAGAAUAUUUUUUUAAUGUAUAUCUCUUGAUAAAGGAAAAAAAAACCUUGAUUUAACAGAGUUGACAGUCUCUCCCCUUUCCCGUGGAGCUGCUUGGAGUUUGUCGUCUUGCUAAUAUUCAGUGUUUGAAGAUGCUACGCGGCUAAAGCCCCUGAGUCGACGCUCGCUCAUCUUCUUCCUCCGUCAGAGUACAUUUCCUUGCACUGUAUUAAAAAAAUGACCAAAGCCUGGACGGCGUGGUGUUUCUGGAGGUUUUGGGAUGUUUGUACAGCAGAUCUUUAGCACUCUAAUCACGGAGGACAAUCCUGUUCGUACACGCUCACUCUUUUCACCGGAGCGAAGGAGGAAACUCCACCGAGGGUCAACCGGAAGUUUCUGACCUGCCAGCAGUAUGUGUGUAUGUGUGUGUGUGUGUGUGUGUGUGUUAGUAUGAGUGUGUGUGAGGGUAAAUCGAGGUAAAGAUGAGCAUGUGUAUCAGGGGGAAAAAGCAGCGAAGACAAAGAAACAAACAAACCAGACGGUCGUACUUAACCAAAGAGAAAGCACUCUGGUAUUAAUAAGCUUUUUAUCUUGCUUUAUAUUUUUGUACUUAUUUUGUACUCUGCAUUCAUUUAGUGUUGCCUUGUUCAGUAGAAAGGAGAAAAAAAAACAACAACUACAGCGAUAAUAUAUAUUGUGGUCGGUUUUCUUGUUGAUCUCUAUAUUAUGUAGUAAUAUAUUUUCACAUGCAGCUAUAGGACAACAUUUAAAGACAAAAGGACACAUUUGUAUGUUUGAGAAGGAUAUUCUGCUAUUUUAUAUGUAAAAACAUGAAGAAUAAAAAAGUAAACUGAAGUGUUA